CCCAUGAGGUUUCAUGGCGCAUUUACUGGUGGCUUUUCAGCUGGGUACUUUAAUACUGUCGGCUCCAAAGAAGGCUUUAGACCUCAGUCAUUUACUUCAUCUCGGCGAAACCGCAGUCAGAAUGCCCCGGAAGAUUUUAUGGAUGAAGAGGAUCUUGGUGAGUAUGGCAUUGCUCCUCGUCACUACCGAACGCGACGCGAAUUCGAUGAUCACCAUAUUUUCAAUACACUUUGUGAAUCUCUUGGGGGCAAAUCCAUCAUUCCAGAUGCCGGUGAUAUUCUCAAACGGAUGCUUCUUCCCAGCGGGUCUGGUUUUAAAAUUAAUGAAAUUCGUAUUAUUUGA